AUGGAUCGUGAUAAUGUAGGAGGGAGCUGGUGGUGGAAGGAUGGUCGUAGAGCGGUAGGGGUGGAGGUGGUUGGCGGCGUUUGCCAUCGGGCUGGCAGUAGGCUAUUAAUUCUGAUUUACCCUCCUCUUAAGUAUUUCCAAAGUCAUAUAUUGUUGGUCAUCGUGAGACAGUUUCACGUAGUCCGUUUUCUUCACUCUUCAAAAACUACUACACCCCCACUCCCCAUGGAAGAAUUGAAACAUCAGAAAAAUGAAUAUUGCGGAUUUGAUAAUAUAGAGACUCCAUCUCCAUCUCCAACUCCGACUCCGACUCCGACUCCGAGUCUGUGCAAUGCACUGAAACAUUGGCUGCUAAACUUGGCAAUAGAUGGAGUUGACAAAGUGUUUGUGGAUCGAAAAAGGAUGAACAUGAAUUCUUUGAGCAAUGAAGUUCCACAAAAAUGGUGCUCUACCUCAAAGCUUAGAGAUUUUCAAGAUUCUGAAGAAUGUGGCUCUAUAAAUACAAAAGGAAGAAACUAUACUUUUCAAGAAAAUGAUAGGGGAAGUGCAAGAAAAGGUAGGAAAGUGAAUAAUUACUUCAAAAAUGAGGAUCAUGACGGUUCCGUGCAGUCCAAGGAAAUAAACUUUCUUGCUUUCUUUACAACAAUGCUGAUAAAACUCAUGGGAUUUCAGUUCAAUAUUGUGGCUACUUCUUUAACAUUUCCAAUUCGGUUGUCCUAUUUUUCUUUCAUGUUCUUCUUCUUUCCUUUCAGAACCCUAAGACAUGUUCGAGCGUAUUUGACGAAGAAACUUUUGAGGAUUUUGGGUAUUUCAAGGAGAAGAGUUACUGAGAAAGCUAAGAAAUCAGUGUUAAAUAUAGCAUUUAGGGUUGGGUUUGGAUUGUUCUGGUCAAGCUAUGUGUUUCUCAUGCUCUUAGGGUUAAUGACUUUAGGGUUUGUGUUUGGAGGUUUGAUUAUGAGAAUAAUAGUAGAAAAGCCUAUUCAGCUGACACAAACUCUCAACUUUGAUUAUACAAAAACUAGUCCAGUUGCUUAUGUGCCAAUCAUGCCAUAUUCUGGUGCAGUUGAAGCGUCUGCCUUGGCUCCCAAGGAAGCUGGAGUGCGUAUAAUUCCACAUAACCACAAAUUGCAUCUUACUGUUUCACUUAUUGUGCCAGAGUCUGACUACAAUCGCAACCUAGGCAUCUUCCAGGUGAGAGUAGAGUUCACAUCAGCAACUGGAAAAAUCAUUACAAGCUCAAGUCAAGCUUGUAUUCUGCGGUUCAAAAGCCAACCAGUCCGGGUUAUCCAAACAAUCAUUCAGACAGCUCCUAUCAUGGCAGGACUCCAAACAGAAACCCAGAUUUUAGACAUAGAAAUGAAGGAUAUCAUAGAAGGACUGGAGCCAACAGCGUACUUGAAGGUGGUCGUAGAAUCGCGAGCAGAAUAUAAAUCAGGAGCCGGCAUCCCCGAGAUACACAAAGCAUCACUAGCUCUGGAAUCUGACCUGCCACAUAUGAGACGAUUGAUAUGGAAGUGGAGGAGAAGUAUUUUUGUUUGGAUGAGCAUUCUCAUGUUUUUAACUCAACUCAUGCUUCUUUUAGUGUGCUGUAGAUCUGUCGUUGUACCAAGAGGAAUGCAUAUGUUAGCUUAUGCUAGAAAGCUAACAUCUAAACAUCAUCUGCUGGAAUAG